AAUAAUAAAUCUAUUUGAAAUUGAAUUAUCGACGAUAAUGGCGCACGUAAGGCAAAAUGGCCACCUUUUUCUCCGUCGAGCAAUUAAGAGAAGUGACAAAAAUACAGCGAUAAAUUUGAUACUACAUGAUGUUGGUAUUAAUGACGCUCAUCUAAACGACAGUGUUCUUCUUCAUUACGCUAUUAUUAAAUUUGACGAUUUAGAUAUUGUAAACAUGUUACUUGAUAAAGGAGCCAAUAUCCAUGCAAAGGAUAAAUACAGUCAAAAGCCUCUACAUAUUGCGAUACAAAAUAAUAAAACAGAAGCCGCAUUAUUGCUUAUACGCAAAGGAGCUCUUGUUAAAAAAGAUUUAAAACAAUUGUUGCUGACAGCUAUUCAAAACAAUAACCAUACAAUAUUUGAAAUGUUAAUUAAUCAGAGAAUGCAGUGCAAUCCAUCAGAUGAUAUAAGCAGUCUUAUUGAUGACGCUAUUUUUCAUGGAAAUCCGAAGAUUAUCAAACACAUCCUACCUCAUUGUCAAUUUUUAGAAUCAACUAAUAAAUAUAUUCCCAAGAGACUUGUAAUAAAAUCUGAUUUACAGUGUAAAGAAAGUGUUCAAUUAUUAUUAAACUCGAAUUUUAUUAUUCAUCCAGACUGUCAACAUGAUACAGAUUUUAUUUAUGCGGCUGCUGAAAAUGGUCAUCAAACAAUUGUUUUACAACUUUUAAGAUUUGGAAUUGACGUGAAUAUGGUUAACUCAAAAACAAGACUCAAUUUACUUACAAUUGCUUGUCUCAACAAACAUCAUGAAAUAGUUGAACAUCUUCUACUACAUGGAGCCCAAGUGAACGAGAUAGUACCUGCUAAUUAUUUGACGAUGAAUAAUGGACUGAAUUUCUUUAAGAUCAUUUGUGACUUUAAUCAUUUUUUGUUAUUGAAUGGUGUAGAGUAUUCUUUAAAUGAUAUAUCUUGUUUACAUAUCGCUGUUUGUAACUCUGAUCAAGUAAUGACAGAAAUGUUAUUAAAAAGCGGUGCAAAAAUUGCAAAUGAUCCAGAAUGUUUCUUCAUCACAUGUUUAGCAGCACAGAUAGGAUCUGAAUCAUUAGUUCGUGUAUUUCUGAAUCAUGGUCUCAAAGUAAACUUCACUGAUAUCCAAGGAAAAAUACUUUUACAUAGCUGUAUUUAUGCUAAUAAUGGUAGAAAAGAUUCCAGUUAUGAUGUGGUUAAUUUUAUUCUCAAAAAAGGAGCAAACUUUCAUCUUCACGCUCCAGGCAAUACAUUUGUUUUCGAUGCAUUAAACAAUGGACAUCGAAGAAUUGCUCAACUAUUUCUGCAAUAUGAACCUGAUAUCAGUUAUGUUAGUCCAAAUGGUGAUACUGCAUUGCAUAUAGCAAUAGAAAGCCAAUUUAAUGCAGAAUUUAUAAUAACUUUAUUAAAACUUAAAUCACCAGUUGAUGCGAUAAACAGUGAUGGACUAACACCGCUUUUUGUUGCUUGCAAAAUUCAGUUGGACAAUCAAUUUCAGAUUAUAACAGCACUGUUACAGUACAAAGCAAAUGUUAAUUGUACUGAUAUUACUUUUAGAACACCUUUGCAUUCUGUGUGUCAUGCUCAGAAUUAUAGACUUGUUCAAGUUUUACUUGAAAAUGGAGCUAAUCCAAAUGCUCAAAAUGAUGAAGGUCAAACACCUCUACAUAUUAUUUGUAAAGUCGAUAAUAAUUCAGAGAUUAUAAAAUUAUUAAUGGCGUAUAAAGUCGAUAUUGACGCUGUAGAUGCUAAAGGUUGGACACCACUUUUCGUAGCUUGUUAUGCACGUAAUGAGCGAGCAUUGCAAUGUCUAUUAGAUUACAACGCUAAUCCUAAUCAUACUGAUUUAAAGAGUUUAACUGCUCUUCAUAUUGCGGUUGAACAGAAAUCGAUUGAGAUGACUAAAUAUCUCUUGAAAUGUGGUGCCAAUAUUACUAGUGCUGAUAAAAAAAAUCAAACUGCUCUACAAAUUGCUGUUGAAUUAUAUCGAGUUCUUCAAUGUAACGAAGGUAAUAAUCAUCGCUUAAAUAGGAUGAAUAAUUGUAAAGAAAUUAUAAAAAUUUUAAAAACAGAAGUUGUUAAAUUAGUCGUCGCUGGAUUUAAGGUGAAUGACAUUGAUUGGAAGAUAGUUUAUGACCCUGAUUAUCCUCUUAGCAAUGAAAGAGAAUUGGCAAUUGAUAUAUGGCAACUUGAUGAAUCAUGUCAGCAAGAAAUUGAUGAGAUGAAACAAGAAACUAUUGGUACUUCCGGUAUUACUUUUGAUAACUUGUUGAAAAAACCUGAUUAUUUUCUACGUCGAUUUAUGAACAAUGAAGAUAUUGAAAAAACUUUAAAAAAAAGACAUCACGAUAGAAAGUAUCCAUUGUAUAUCGAUAUUAUUUGUGGUCGAUUUCGAGAUGUAAAAUAUCGAUAUGAAAUAACAAAUUCUGCGAAAAAAUAUUUUCGUAAGAAAAUUUACCAAAAAAUGCCUGAUGAGUAUGCUCAUAAAAUUUUAAGUUAUUUAAAUUUUGGAGACCUGAAAAUGUUUCUUUUAGCCAUGAAACCAGUGGAUGGUAUUCGAGAGAUACCGGAAUUAUUCGGUGAUAAAAAAAAAAUGUCAAAUUUACAACAAAACAGUUAUUACUACCAACUGUGUGAAGCAAUUGUUAGAAAAGACAAAGCGAGAAUUAUUAAUUUAAUAAUGAACAAUGCUCGUGUUAAUAUUCCUGAUUCACAAGGAAAUACCCCUCUUCAUUGGGCAAUUAUUAAGUUUGACGACUUAGAAAUCAUGAAAAUGCUACUCAAUGAAGGAGCAGAUAUCUACGCUAGAAAUCAUAAUUAUUACACCCCACUUAAUGUUGCAAUUCAAAAUCAUAAAAAAGAAGCUGUAUCUUUGCUCAUUGAAAAAGGAGCUCUUAAUGAAGAAGAUUUAAAUGCAUCAUUGCUCAUAGCUAUUGGACAAAAUGAUGAUCUUAUGGUUAAAAUGCUUAUUGAUUAUGGAAUGAAGUAUAACCUAGCAAUUAAUUUUAUCAUACCUCUCAAUGCUGCUAUCACACAAAACCGACUAGAAAUAAUAAAACUUAUUAUACCUCAUUGUCCAUUUUUAAACUCAUCAAAUGAAUAUAUUCCUAGAGAUUUGGUGAUGAAAUCUGGACCAAAGUCUAAAGAAUGUAUGGAGUUAUUGAUGACGUCUAACUUUACUAUUGAUCCAAUCAGCUAUUCUGAUAAUGAUUUUAUUUAUGCAGCUGUAGAAAAUGGACAUUUACCAAUAGUUAUAAAACUUUUAGAGCAUGGAAUUGAUGUUAAUAUGAUGAAUACAAAAACAGGGCUUAAUUUACUAUUGAUCGCUUGUUUAAAUAAACAUUAUGAGAUUAUUGAAAAACUUUUAGAACAUCAUGUGAACGUAAAUGUGUCAAUACCUGCUAGUAAUGAAAGAUUGAAUAAUCAAAUGACUUUCUCUAUCAAUUUGUCUGUAUAUCGCCAAUUAUUAUCUAAUUAUAAUUAUAAAACUGAUUCAAUUGAAGUGACAUGUCUACAUAUUACUGUCUUCAAUUCUGAUUGGAAAACGACACAACUGUUAUUGAGAUAUGGCGCAAAAAUUGAGAAUGAUCCAACAUUCUCUACUAUAAUUCGUAUAGCUGUACAUAACAAUUGUAAAGAACUUGUUUCUAUAUUUUUGGAUCAAGGUGUUAGUGUGAAUGACAUUGAUCCUCUGGGAAAUUCUCUUUUACAUUUCUGUAUUUAUUUCAACCCUGAUGUAAAAGAUAAAAGUUACAACGUUGUUAAAUUACUUUUAGAAAGAGGAGCAAACACUCGAAUUCCAGGUCAAAACAUUAUUUUCCAAGCAAUGAAAUAUAAUCAUCAUAGAACAGCUCAAUUAUUACUUGAUUAUAAUGCUGAUACUCAAUAUAUUGGUCAAAAUGGUGAUACUUUACUUCAUAUAGCUCUACAACGGAAGUUUGAUGUAAGAUUUAUAGAAACUUUGUUAAAAUUAAAUUCUUCAGUAAAUUUUAUCAAUAACGAAGGAAUUACACCACUUAUGAUUGCUUGUCGAAAUUUAUCUGAACAACUUGACGUAGGUGUACGUAUUAUUGAUCUGCUUUUACACUAUGGUGCAAAUGUCAAUUGUGAUGAUCAUUUUAUGAUGACGCCUUUACACUUUGUAUGUAAUAUUUCAAAUUUAAGAUUUAUCAAAAGUUUUCUUGUCAAAGGAGCAAAUGUUAAUGCUCGAAAUUAUGCACAGCAAACCCCCCUUCACAUAGUUUGUACAUCUAGGGGUGAUGUAGUUCCGAGAAUAGAAUUAUUACUAGAAUAUGGUGCAAAUAUUGAAGCUGUUAAUAAUCGUGGCCAGACACCACUUUCCCUUGCCUGUCAUUUCGAGCAUUAUGAAGUAAUUCAAUGUCUAUUGAAUCAUUAUGCUAAUCCUAAUCAUAUUGAUUCAAAAAAUUUAACUCCUCUUCAUAUUGCUAUUGAGAAGAUGAUAUAUUAUUCUAGAAUUAACAGUCCUGAAUUUUGCAGAAAGUUUAGAAUGAUCAUAAAAGCUAUUGUAUCACAAAGAAUUAAAUUGAAAACUGCUGGCUUAGAGUUGAAGAACCAACAUUCAAAAAUAGUUUAUAAAUCUGAUGAAUACAUAACUAUUGAUAAUAGGAAGUAUUAUGUAAUGGAUAUUUUACAACUAAAUGUAGCUUCCUGUUCUAGUAAUUAUAACAUGCUUAAAGUUUCUAAUAAAAGAAAUUCCAUUGAUGAUAUAUCACAACUCGAAUCUAGAUGUGAGCAAGAACUUGAAAAGAUAAAGGAAGAAAAAAUUGGUAUUGAUGAUCUUACUUUUUAUCAUUUAUUGAAAGGAAAUAUUUAUAUUCUUAAAAAUUUGUUUGAAAAUGACGAAGUUCAACAAAAAUUACAACUACAAGUUUACGAUGAAAAGUUCCCAUUAUAUAUUAAUAUUAUUAGAAAUCGAUUUCGUAAUGCAAAAAACCGAUAUGAACGAUAUUUGUUGGAGAUAUCUGCAAAAGAUUAUUUCAGAUUAAAUAUCAAUCAACGAUUGCCUGAUGAAUGUAUAAUGAAAAUAUUAAGUUAUUUACAUGUUAAAGAAUUGAAUAUGUUUAUUUCAACUAUGAAAAAUUUAAAUUAAAUUAAUAACUAGUCUGUUAAACUUAAUCAUCAGAUUUCAAUAAUUGUAUAAAUAUAUUUUAAUUCAGACGAUAAAUAUAAGUAAUUUUUUUUUGGUGUGUGUAUAUUUGUAUGCGUAAUGUAUGUUUUCAA